CACACUUAUACAUAUAUUCUCUAUGAGCAUAACAACUUUUUAAUAUAAAAAACCACCUUUCAAUUCAUACCUUCAAAAAACUAACAAACAAAAAAAAUUUAAAAUAAAAAUGAAGGUGCCGGAAACCAAUCGGCAACAACGGCACCGAACUAACGCCCUGGCUGGUGCAGAAGCCGGGGUUUCCGCACCAGCCAGGACUCCCCUACGCGUACUCUUUAGAGUAGCGUCAGUCGCGUGUGGGAUACAGUUCGGGUGGGCGUUACAGUUAUCACUGCUAACGCCCUAUGUACAAGAACUCGGUAUCCCACACGUGUGGUCAAGUAUAAUAUGGUUAUGUGGGCCAUUAUCUGGAUUUUUUGUACAGCCAUUAGCUGGUCAUAUGAGUGAUCGGUCAACUAGUAAGUACGGUCGUCGUAGACCGUUUAUCAUAUUUGGUUGUGGGUCCAUAAUCUUGUCGGUGAUUUUGAUUGGUUUUGCGGCAGAUAUUGGUGGAUGGUUUGGUGAUACUGUGGAUAAUAAAACAUGGGCAAUUGUUGUUUUUGUUGUUGGGUUUUGGUUUCUUGAUAUGGCUAAUAAUGCUACUCAAGGUCCUUGUAGAGCCCUUCUUGCUGAUCUUACCGGAAAUGAUCAUCGAAGAACUCGAGUUGCAAAUGCCUACUUCUCCCUUUUCAUGGCCAUUGGUAAUGUUCUCGGCUAUGCAACUGGAGCCUACAGUGGUUGGUACAAGGUCUUUCCUUUUACUUUCAACUCUUCUUGUAACAUCGACUGUGCCAACCUCAAAUCUGCCUUCCUUCUUGAUGUUAUUUUCAUAAUGAUCACUACAUACAUAAGUGUCACUGCAAUUCAUGAGCAACCAAUAGCUUCUGUUCACGAUGCACUAACAGAUUCAAGCCAUCCCCAAGAAGCUUUCUUCUGGGAAAUGUUUGGGACAUUUAAAUACCUUCCGGGUCCUGUUUGGUUGAUAUUGUUUGUUACUUCAUUGACUUGGAUUGGGUGGUUUCCUUUUAUUCUGUUUGAUACUGAUUGGAUGGGCCGUGAAAUAUAUGGUGGAGAUCCGAAUGGUGACCUGAAGUAUAGUGAUGGAGUUAGAAUGGGUGCAUUUGGGCUUGUGUUAAAUUCAGUGAUUCUUGGAAUAACUUCCGUGUUUAUGGAAAAUCUAUGUAGGAGAUUUGGGUCAGGUUUCAUUUGGGGGAUUUCAAAUAUUAUUAUGUUUCUUUGCUUCCUAGCAAUGCUCGUGCUUACGUUUGUGGCAAGUAAAGUGGAUUAUAGCAUUGAUGGGGUACCUCCAACUGGAGUCGUAAUUGCCGCAUUGGUUAUUUUUGCAAUUCUUGGCAUGCCAUUAGCCGUUACUUAUAGUGUUCCAUAUGCAUUGGUAGCCUCACGGAUUGAGUCACUUGGACUUGGUCAAGGUUUGUCAAUGGGUGUUCUGAAUGUGUCCAUUGUGAUCCCACAGGUUAUCGUCUCUCUUGGAAGUGGACCAUGGGACCAGCUAUUUGGUGGUGGCAACUCUGCAGCGUUUGCUGUAGCAGCAGCUGCAUCCUUUGCGAGCGGACUUGUGGCCAUCUUGGCUAUUCCACGAUCUAGGCCCGAGAAACCCAAAAUUCGACAAUGAGAAGUUGUAUUAUCGUUAUUUUUUUGAUCAUUGAGUGAAAAAGCAUUGUUGUAUUAUCUUUUUGUUUGUUUUGCUUUUACAUUAGUCUGUAACUUGGUGUCACCCUGCUGUAUACAAAUGGUCAGAAUUUUUUUGUGUAUAGUUAGUUACAAUAAUAUAUAAAUAGUAUUACUCUCAACUUGCUCAAA